ACAGGGCAAUAAAGGCUGACGUUUAAUCUAGUGCUGAGGUAAAGUGUGAAUCGUGUCCACACCCAAGGUGGGAUACAAAGAGGCACAAGCACAGUGACAAUUAGAUUUUUUUUUAACAGUUGAAGGAUUUAUUUAGAAGUGCUGUUCACCUUCAAAAAAGAAAAUGGGUUGGGGGAAGAAAAUCAAGUUUGCAGUGUUUGAAGUCCUGGAGUUUCUUGCUUUGUGUAUUCCCACAAUUGUUAUUGCAGAGCGACUUGCCUCCAUUUUGGAUAAACAGAGACCAUACCAGGUUGUCUUGGCCUGUUCAGUUGCGUAUGUUGCAUGCGCAGCUUUGUUCGUCUGGGUUCCAGUGAAGUUUCUGAUGUUCAAGAAGCGCAUUCUAUCCAAUGUGAAAGAAUGGCAGCCAGUUUUACUCCUGCAUUUGGUUCUCACAACACUGCCUUGCUUUGGGUUUAUAAUCGCAGGUUCACAGGUACAAGGAACCACCGAACCACACAAAAACUACUUUGAUAUCCCCAUAUCCGUUGUCAUAACAAGCCUGAUUCUUGUGAGCAUCAUUGAAAAGCUUUGCAAAUGGCCACUCACUGGAACACUAAUAUCUAAUCAUGUGAAUGUGAUUUUCGCCAAUGGACCUGUGCUCACAAACAUAGGAGGGGUGUCAAAUGUGUCCGGGGAAAUGGCCAGAUCACCGGAACAAAUUGCAACAGCUGCAGGAGUGGUUGAGAAUGGAUCUGUACCACCUGCUGAAGAAAUAACUUCAAGACCUCAACGUGAAUCUGUAACAAGUUCACAUCCAAAUGCCAUCAUGAACGAUAGCUCAGAAUGUAAACUGCCCAAGUCUCUUAAAAUCCUAGCUGUGAAGGACUGCAGAGCUGAAAUAUUUGUGACCGCAUUCAUGACCUGGAUGGAUACCAUAGAGUUACUAAGAGUUGCAGACGUUCCAGCUGUGAACAAAACAGGAUGGAUUUACCCCAUUUAUAUUUUCGGCUUCAUAUCACUUUUAAGAAUAAUUAUAAAUUCAGAAAAUCCCUUAUGCGAUACUCUGGGGGUAAUCGCACAGGACUUUCCAUUCAUUUUUAUUCGGAUCAGUUUAAUUGCAGUGUACGGAUUUGUGACUCCUGUUCUAUAUCUAUUGAAAAAUAUUAUUGUCGUCACAACUUAUCUCUACUUCAACUUCUUGAGAAAGCUAAGAAUUUUUGAUCACAGCCAGCAGGACUUCUAAUAGUGGGGCCCAAUUAUUUGAACUGUUUACUCCCCCUCCCCAUAUUGAAGGCACUUAAUAUAUAAACAUAUAUAUAUUUCUUUGGCAUUGGGAUGAGACUGCCUGUUGGAGAACCAUGGAGUGAAUGAUAUAUUUGGUUGAGUUCCCAGUAAAAGCUGCAUUCCGGUGGGACAGUUACUUUGCAACACACACCUCCGCACAGCAAGAAUGAAAAUCCCUAGGCCUUUCUCGCACAUCUAGAUGGAUUAGAAUACAUUAAAAUACGCAGCACAGAAACAGGCCACUUGGCCCAAUUGGACUAUGCCGAUUGACUCAGUACAACAGUCAGUGAAUGGAUGCCUGUUCACUUUCUCAGCAGCAGGUAGCAAAGGAAAUCACAGUGAUUGGGGAUGAACAGAAAGAUUUUCAUAAUGGUGAUGAUAGCGAAUAUAUAAGUACAAUGUCUACUUAACCACAUGAAAAUAUUGAGGGUCCGAAACAUGGCAUUUGUAUGUAAGUGGGAAGUUAUGUAGAUUUUUCAUGCCAGUAAAUCGAAACCUGUCAUGCUUACCAACGGACAGGAAUUCUACUUCUGUCUACUUCUGGAGUAGAGUUCCCACAGGUUUAUGUGACGAAUUCUAGCUACCAGCCUGCUCCACUAUUUGCAGCUCAACAGUCACUUUUUCUGACUUCCUAUUAUCAACAACAACUUGCAUUUAUAUAGCGCCCUCCA